CCCAUGCACUUUCUUUCAAAGGAACUGACCUGAGACACAAGCCUGAAAAUGUAUGCAGCUGCUCCCCCAUAGGACUGUCAUUUACGUCCCUGUUUCCAGAGAACCUUGACCUCAGCUGAUGACCGUAGGGUUGCAUGGCCUCGCAGAAAAAGAACUAAGCUGUGGUCAUACAGCUCUGUACAACUUUUGGAAAAGAGGAACUGAUUCCUUCCAGACUAGUCUAUCAAGUUUUUGAGGACACCCAGAAGAGUAAAGAGUUUUGUCUUCUCUCUCCAGUGGGUUCACGUGUCAUGUUGGCCCUUCGUUACUUUUAGCAGCCUGUUUAAAUCGGUGGUAGCUAAGAAGUGAGCAGGAUGCCCCCAGGCAUUUACUGCCCUAUGGAAUUCUGGUCCAAGGGGGAAAAUCAAAACAUCCAGGUGGACUUUCUGCUGCCCACAGGCAUAUACUUAAACCUCUCCGUGUCCUGCAAUGCCAGCUUGGGCACCAUCAAGCAGGUGGUGUGGAAGCAUGCUCAGUAUGAGCCGCUGUACCAUAUGCUCAGUGAUCCCGAGGCCUAUGUCUUCACAUGCAUCAACCAGACAGCAGAACAGCAAGAGCUGGAGGAUGAGCAACGGCGGCUUUGUGACAUCCAGCCCUUCCUACCGGUACUGCGGCUCGUGGCUCGAGAAGGUGACAGAGUCAAGAAAGUUAUUAACUCCCAGAUCAGCCUGCUCAUUGGAAAAGGUUUGCAUGAGUUCGACUCUGUGCAGGAUCCAGAGGUGAAUGAUUUCCGCACCAAAAUGUGCCAGUUCUGUGAGGAGAGAGCAGCAAAGCGGCAGCAGCUCAGCUGGGCAGCUUGGAUGGAGUACAACUUUCCCCUGCAGCUGGAGCCCAUGGCCAAAGGCCUUGGGACUGGUUCUCUACAUACUCCCACCAAGAACAUUUUUGUCAACGUCAAGUUUCAGUCUGGCGGGGAGAGCUUCACUUUCCAGAUCUCCCCAAAGGAGUUCCCCAUCACGCUAAUGAGCUAUGCUAUCAAGAAGCAGGCUACUGUCUUCCGCCAUGAGACAGUGGAGAACCCAGAGGACUACACCCUACAGGUGAAUGGGAAAUACGAAUACCUCUAUGGGAACUACCCCCUGUACCAGUUCCAGUAUAUUCGCAGCUGCCUGCACCGAGGCCUAACGCCCCACCUGACCAUGGUACACUCCUCCACUAUCAUUGCUAUGAGAGAUGAGCAAACCAACUGUAUUGCCAGCCCCCCGAAGAUGGUUGCCAAGCCUCCCCCACUCCCUAAGAAAAAGCCAAACUAUGGUUCUCUCUGGUCCUUAGAGCAGUCUUUCUACAUUGAGCUGGUGCAAGGUAGCAAGGUCAAUGCAGAUGAGAGAAUGAAGCUGGUGGUGCAAGCAGGUCUCUUUCAUGGCAAUGAGAUGCUGUGCAAGACAGUGUCAAGCUCUGAAGUGAACGUAUGCUCAGAGCCAGUGUGGAAGCAGAGGCUGGAUUUUGAUAUUAACAUCUGUGACCUUCCCCGUAUGGCGCGGCUCUGCUUUGCUCUCUAUGCUGUCAUCGAAAAGGCAAAGAAGGCACGUUCCACAAAGAAGAAGUCCAAGAAAGCUGACUGCCCAAUCGCCUGGGUGAAUGUCAUGCUCUUUGACUAUAAGGACCAGCUGAAAACAGGGGAGUGCUGCUUGCACAUGUGGUCCUCCUUUCCAGAUGAGAAAGGGGAACUUCUGAACCCCAUGGGCACGGUACAGUGCAACCCCAACACAGAAAGCGCAGCAGCCUUGGUCAUCUGCUUCCCCAGCAUUGCUUUGCAUCCUGUGUAUUACCCAUCGUUCGAGCAGCUGCUGGAGUUGGGGAGGAAUGGAGAACAACCCCGCACUGCACCAGAAGAUCCUGAGGAGAAGCUGCAACUGAAGGAGAUACUGGAGCGGAGGAGCCACACUGAACUGUAUGAGCACGAGAAAGACCUGGUGUGGAAGAUGAGAUAUGAUAUCCGUGACCAAUACCCACAAGCUUUGGCAAAGCUGCUUAUUAUCACCAAAUGGAACAAGCAUGAAGAUGUUGCCCAGAUGAUUUCCCUGCUUCAGACCUGGCCGGAGUUGCCUGUCCUGAAUGCCUUGGAGCUGCUGGAUUUUAGCUUUCCGGACCGUUAUGUUGGUUCCUUUGCUAUCAACUCAUUAAAGAAGCUGACAGAUCAUGAAUUGUUCCAAUACCUGCUACAACUUGUCCAGGUGCUUAAGUAUGAAUCCUACUUAGACUGUGAAUUAACCAAGUUCCUGCUGGACAGGGCAUUAGCCAACCGCAAGAUUGGCCACUUCCUCUUCUGGCAUCUGAGGUCAGAAAUGCAUGUUCCUGCCGUUGCCUUGAGGUUUGGCCUGAUCCUGGAAGCAUACUGCAGAGGCAGCACCCAUCACAUGAAAGUUUUGAUGAAACAGGGAGAAGCACUCAACAAGAUGAAAGCUCUGAAUGACUUCGUUAAAGUGAGUUCUCAGAAGGCCACCAAGCCUCAAACCAAGGAGAUGAUGCAUAUGUGCAUGAAGCAGGAAACUUAUCUUGAAGCACUUUCCCACCUCCAGUCCCCCCUGAACCCCAACAUUAUCCUCGCUGAAGUUUGUGUGGACCAGUGCACCUUUAUGGAUUCCAAAAUGAAACCUUUAUGGAUUGUGUUUAAUAAUGAAGAGACAGGUGGAGGUGGAGUGGGCAUUAUUUUUAAAAAUGGAGAUGAUCUUCGGCAGGACAUGCUGACGCUGCAGAUGAUCCAGUUGAUGGACAUCCUGUGGAAGCAGGAGGGCCUGGACCUGAGGAUGACCCCUUAUGGCUGCCUCUCCACAGGAGACAAGACUGGACUAAUAGAAGUAGUCAUGCAUUCAGACACCAUUGCCAACAUCCAGCUGAACAAGAGCAACAUGGUGGCCACUGCAGCCUUCAACAAGGAUGCACUGCUGAACUGGCUAAAGUCCAAGAACCCAGGUGACGCAUUAGAACAAGCUAUAGAGGAAUUCACUCUUUCCUGUGCUGGGUACUGUGUGGCAACGUAUGUUCUGGGGAUAGGUGACCGACACAGUGAUAACAUCAUGAUCCGGGAAACUGGACAGCUGUUCCAUAUUGAUUUUGGUCACUUUCUGGGGAACUUCAAGACUAAAUUUGGUAUUAACAGAGAACGAGUUCCUUUCAUCUUAACCUAUGACUUUGUGCAUGUCAUCCAGCAAGGAAAAACUAACAACAACGAGAAGUUUGAAAGAUUCAGGGGUUAUUGCGAAAAAGCCUACAUGAUUCUGAGGCGUCAUGGCCUUCUCUUCCUGCACUUGUUUGCACUGAUGAAAGCUGCUGGCCUGCCAGAACUCAGCUGCUCUAAAGACAUUCAGUAUCUAAAGGAUUCCCUAGCUCUUGGGAAAACAGACGAGGAGGCACUGAAGCACUUCAGACUGAAGUUCAAUGAAGCCCUGCGAGAGAGCUGGAAAACCAAAGUGAACUGGCUGGCACACAACGUAUCCAAAGAUAACAGACAGUAGAGCAACAUCAGCCUGCACACUUGCUGCAAGAGAAUGUAAUACCUGCACUGAGUCCAGCAAUUUGAGACAGGUUUUUAAAGACUGAUGAAUGUUGCCAGGAUGAAGAUCCCGCACCUGCAUUCCCAGAGAUCAGACAUUUCUGCAUGACUGAAAAACUGUUGGACUGUCAUCAGCCACAUAAUCACGUCUGCUGUAGAUCUUUAGGGAACAAGGGAGAGAUGUGAGGCAAUAAAAUUACAGCAGACAAUGAAAGGUAGGUAGAUGUACUGUAUCCUUAAGAACUUAAGCUUCAAAUACAGCUUCUCAUAGAAGAGUUGAGACAGUUGUAACAUCCUUCCAGUGUGUUAACGUGUCCAUUCUGUCUUGAAAAUUCAGCCGAACACUGAGAACGUACUAUGCCUGUAACUCCUACGGCCCAUCCUUCUAGGUCCCCACCAUUACAGCCGAGAGGCAUUAACUUCACCAUGCGAUUGCUCCUCCUGUCCUGUUUCAGUGUACAUCAAGGCAGGUCAGCUCAAAUCACCACUGAAGCUGACUUGGACAAAUUUUUUACUCUGUAUUGUGACAGGGUAAAAAUAUCCAUGUUGUCAUAUUACCUUCUCUCUGCUACAGAGGCUAAAGUGUUAUGAAACUGAACUGGAACCCAUCUAGUGCUGUCAAAAAAACUCAUGCCAGAGGAACAGGCUUGGAUUGACCGAUGGGUUGGGUAUUUUUGUUUGCUUUCCCAAGUCAGACUUUAGUUGAGCCUCAAGCAAUUCCUGGAUUUCUGUGUUUAUUCUGUUUUUAAGCCUGAAAACAGUAAGAUCGCACUUUCAAAAUUGGCAUGUACCGUUGGUUGCUACAUGCACCUCCUGUUGGGGUACAUUAGAGCUAGUUUGCCACCUGGUUUCCCUGUAAUACGUGCACGCAGGGCACUGGCCCACUCCUACGUAAUCACCAGGAUCCAACACUGUAGUUCCAGUGUCAGCUGGGACAGAUGGUACCAUUCUGUGCCUAAGUUACUUGGCCAGUCUGCCUUCCUGUGUGAGGAGAGAGGCGUGCCAGAUGAGCAGGUUUAACACUGAAACACUUACUCACAGUAAGUAGCAUCUCAAUUCUCAUCAUCUUGGAAAUUUAUUUGCUAUUCCCUUCCACAUUCUUCCUCCUCUCAACCAUGGUACGCGACUCUGUUAUUAGAACUGGUGUGCAAAGACUGUGUGUGUCUGUAUGGGGCUAAAGAGCGAGCUGCCGUCAUCUGUGCUGGUACCUACAUCCCGACAGUGUCUGCUCCAGCCUCCUCCUGUUCUCCCUGCUGCCUGUCUCCUUCCCAAGCAGAAUCUGUCCCAUGUCCCACAAGGUGCUGUAAUGAAUCACGUAUUCCUACUCGUGUCAUAUUUUUGUCUCUGGCUAGUGUCCUCACCCGGUGAGCAGUUCUGAGCGCUGGUGGUGCACAGGGACAGAUGAACAGGAGCCACUGCUACCACGCAGUGCCUCACGUGAGCGUAGUGAGGUGCAUCAAGCAGGCAGCAGCCUAUGGGUCAUGCUGGAAGACAGGUAGAGUAGCGUGGUCAGUACCUGCUUCCUUCAGCAGUUCCCUAGGGUGCUUCCUUCUGUUUCCCUGUGUUCUCCACAACAUCUGGUUCCUAUGGAGGUGCUAUAUCAUUCCUGCCUUUUAACGAAUAGCGUAGUCUAAUUUUUCAAGUCACCCCUGAAGCUGAAUCCUGUACUUGAUUUGUAUGCCCUUAACUAGGUUGAGCAAUUUUCUUUUACUCACAGAACUGUUUUUUUUUUUUAAACUUUUACUUACUCUUAAUGAUGUUAGGUUAAAAAAAAAAACAAACAGGCAUUUCACAUCCUGUUUCUGAAGUCACAAGAGAUGCAUGUAUUGUCAAAUGAUGGACAGUUCUCAUGUAAAUUUAGCUUUCACAUCUGGUUUAGAAUGCCCACAAAACCAGCGAGUUUAGGCCAGAGGCCGAACUGGCCUGUUUAUUCUUAAUAAAUGAGAUAUAACUUUGAUUUGAUGGUAGUGUUUUUAUAUCCAGCACAGAGAUAGGUACCACUCAUUCCUGACUUUCAGCUCUCUUUAUACUUUAAAACCAGGUGCCCCUGUACUUUAAAGAAUGCUGCCUUAUACUGGCUGUUCAAAUUCACCUGUUUGUUUUUUUUAAGGACAAGUUGAAAUAUAUUUGUUCUUCAUCAGCUAUAUAGCCAAGUUAACACUGCCUUAAAAAAGUAACUUCUACGCUAAGUAGAAAUGACCAGUAGGCAAUAUGAGAUUUGGUCAGUGAAUGCAAUAUGAAACCCCUUUACUAAACUUGUUACCUUUACGUACAAAGGGAGACUAGCAGAUUAUGAUUCAGUGAUACACUGUUGCUAAUUUAAAUUCUGAUUUAAAGUACUUACUGUUUCUUUUCAUAAAAGAUGUUAUGCUAUGAAGUCUAUUCUAUACUGUUUAGUAUAUAUUGAUAUAAACCAGGUGGCCUCUCUCAGAGCACCAGUUACUAGAAGAAACAGUGAUAUAGCAGACAGCUCAUUUUAACUUUAUAUAACCCUUGGAGACCCCCCCUUUUUCUACACCUUCCAACUGAUGCUGUUGUGAUGGCGAAGUAGCCAGAAUAUUUUGAGAUAGAAUGGCAUGUAGCCUUUCAAGUGAUCCAAAUUACUUAUUAACACAUUCCUCUGUAAUAGUUCUUCAGCAUAUUGUUUAAAAAUAAGUAAUACUGAGAGUAUAUUUGCACCAAGUAAUUGGUUUUGCUGUGUGUUAUAGACCCUACUUGGUUAGCUAGAACUGAAAGCUAGCUUCAGGUCUGCCUGUAACUAUGCAUUCGACCAUAACACUAGAAAAACAACAGUGGGAUACAUGCACACAAACUGACCUGCAGGAAACAAAACGCCAUCUCGAGUGGAGCCAAGCAUUCUACAACUGCUGCUGCUUCCAGAGAGCAGGCUAAAAGAAACUUCCUGUGGUCUGUGAGCAUUGUCCUCUGUGAAAGACGAGCUCUCUGCAAUAUGCUAGAAUAUUGCUCGCUGUUUUCUUGAACUGAACAGCAGGUAGGGGUGUCAGGUUUCAAAUAAGAUCUUAAAACAGUGAAUCCGUAUUUGCAAUUACAAGUAUAGCAUUAUGAAACUGGUCAACAAAUAACAAAAGUAAACCAUCAGACAGGGGGGCUUUUAGCUGCUUAAGUAUUCAUAAGGAUAAUUUUCCUUUCCUGUGCCUGAUUAUAUAGCCUCAUGCUUCACAGGCUAGGAGGAUGCUGGGUGUCACAAUUUAAAUUAGGAGUAGGAAGAUGCUUGUAUCUCUUGCAUCCAGUUAAAAAUUCCAUUACCGCAAGGACUUGGACAAACAAGUUUCCACAGGGUAGCAGAUUACCACACGUCAGCUGCUCUGCCACAACUGACAGCGAGUCUGUGCUUUCACAGCAAGAUGCUGCUGCACACCAUCUGAUGACUGUUGCUUACUAUAUCCCCCCCCAAAAACAACUGGUCACAUAUGUACUUCCCAGCUAAUAUGAUGCAGGACUAAUGCACACAGUGAAUGUCUGGUAAGCACCUGGUUUGUGCAUCAAACCUUUGUGUCACCUACCCUCUAGGAUGAUGCUCUUACAAGGUUCCACCAUUGCCAUCUUUUGUAGUUCGAGGUUUUAUUUUUUUUAAGAGCCAGAUUUGUGGAGACCACGCAUUCUGCACCCAAGCUUCAUGGAAUAUAUAGAAAAUUUGUGGAAUAAAGUAAGGUUGGCAGAGAUCCUGCUGAAAUACCAAAUAAGAAAUGCAAAAAGGAAAACAAGCUCAACGCUCUAAUGGUUGUUUUGAUAUUUGAAGAAAAUACUGCAGGACUUAAGAGCUCUUUGCAUGCAAAUCAGACAGUGAGAAAACAGUACUGGACACAUCUAGAUCGCUGCUCCCUCAGGAGCAGGAGGCAGACAGUUACUAACCCUUUGUGUUCCCUCCCCUGGGGUGGUAAGCCCAGACCCUGCUUGCAGAGUUCCUUUUGACCACACAACCUUGCUCCAUUUUAGAGACUACAUGAAUAUUGCUAUUUCCUUCCUUAUUUAACUAAUUUACAGAGCAAAAAGUAUGUAAAAAUAUCAGGCCACAUGCAGUCUUGAGAUGCACUAAACCCACAACCACCUCAUGAGUGGCUUGUACAUUCUUGUGGAAGGGAAGAAACAUACUACAGUGUUGUAAAUGUCAAAGCAAUUCUCUUACAUCGCCACAAACUGGGAAUCCAGGAUCCUGCCUGUCAUGCUGCAGCAAGGUGCUCUUACCUAGCAGUUUCCUUACUCCCUCUUAGGUACUUGGGUUUGCAGGCUUGCCACGGUUGCUACGUUCAGCUGUUGUUCUGGUAGUGUUUCCAGAAACCUCAGGCCCUAAUAUAGUUCCAGAGAAGUACAAAGCAGCAGUGGCUCAUGUCAUCUGUCCUUCAAUUUGAGAAGUGCAAUAAAACAAAGUUGUAUCAGCGUAAACUGCAAGAACCGAGCAAUUCCAAAGGUGUUUCUCAAUCCAGCAGAGUUUUACAGAGGUUACUUAGUCUAGAAAAUUGACUUACCUCCAAGUAGUAAAAAUACCAAUGAGUCAUCAAGUGGACCUUCUUGCUUGUACACCACUGGAAUAGCACCUUGAAUGAAGCUCUGAUGGCUGUGUCAGGUCAGCAAAGAGCCUUUGACUCCAAACUUACAAAGCAGCAGCUCACCUGAUUGUUUUCAGUAAGUUGAAUUGUACUGAAGAUUGAAACUUAAAUCACUUCCAAAAAUAUUACGUUUCACUAUAAAAUAAUAUAUAAAUACGUAGCUUCUGAUUUUGUAAAUAUACUCAGAGCGAUACCCCUUUCUAUUUCUAUUUAUUUAGAGAUGUUUCUGUGAUUAUUUUUUAACUCUGUACAAACCAAUUGUGCUUAUUCUGUUGCCUUUGAAAAAAGAAGUAUUUUUUUAAGCCAAACCACGGUUCUGUAAGAAGAGAAUGUUUACAUGUUUAACUUUUCAGUUGCUUUAGGUACAUGUUUUGUAAGUCAAAAAAAUAAAAGAUUGGUAAGUUGUUCACAAAUGCUGCCAAAGUCUUUCUAUGUUU